AAAUGUAAAUAAAGAGACUAAAACCCCAAAUUGAUUUAAAUGAAACCAAUUAGUCAUUAAGUAAUUAGUGUAAUUGGGUAAUGAUGUGUGUGUGUGUGUCUUUCAGGAGUGGAUGAAGGGGGCGGAGUCUCAGCUCCUCAUGAAGGUUAGAAGGACACGCCUUUAACUUUGGAGACAGUCAGUGUCAGUGCAGUCAGUGGCACGUGUGAAGAAGAAGAGCUUCUCCUCAGCUGCUCACGUCGUCAGAGCAGGAAAGAGUCAGAGCACUGAGCUCCACCGUCACCUGUUUCUCUUCUAAUCUCGUUCUGUUUGGUGCAAAUCACACAUUCACCGUCGAGCUCAGUGUGUGUGUGUGUGUGUGUGUGUGUUGAGUCUGGAGGAGGCAGAGAGAGGGAGAGAGAGAGAGAGAGAGAGAGAGAGGAUCCACCUGCCGGAGAGCAGAGACACACCUCGGCAUGGACGCGCUGAAAUCCGCCGGUAGAGCCAUCAUCAAGAGCCCGGGAGUUCCGCGCCACACAUGGGGAACUUCAAAGCACGAAAAGCUGCCAGAGAACUGGACCGACACCAAGGAGACUUUGUUGGAGGGGAUGGUGUUCAACGUGAAGUACCUGGGUAUGACACUGGUGGGCCAGCCUAAAGGAGAGGACAUGGCGUCCGCUGCCAUUCAUAGAAUUGUCACCACGGCCAGAGCCAGCGCUAAGAAGUUUCGCAAAGUCACACUGACGGUGUCACCCAAAGGCAUCGUCAUCACAGACACGGAGACUACAGACCUCAUUGAGAACGUUUCCAUAUACAGAAUCUCUUACUGCACGGCAGAUAAAACUCAGGACAAGGUCUUUGCUUACGUCUCGCAGAGUCAAUUUAAUGAGACGUUGGAGUGCCAUGCGUUUCUCUGCCAGAAGAAAAAGAUUGCUCAGGCUGUGACAUUAACGGUGGCCCAGGCAUUUAAAGUAGCUCUAGAUCUUUGGGAGGUUGCUCAGGAAGGCAAAAAUAAGAAGGUUAAGACCUGCUGUUCCUGUGCAGCAGGCAACACACAGACGGAGACGACAGACACUCGCUGUGUUCCAGCAGAGGAACACAAGCCUGCAGGGAUGGAAGAGAAACCCCGGAGGCCGUUCUUCUCUGCCUCAAUCAGCUUGCCCUCACCUCGCAGUAACCCCACGCGAAGGCGACCAAUCAAACACGACUCCUGGGACGUGGAGGAUGGACUCGAUGACGCGUUCUCAAGCAACAUGGAAGUAGAGAUGGAAACUGAUUGGCCUAAUCCUGCUCCAAACCCGUCCCUGACGAUGCAGCUCUGAGUUCCCAGGACGUCUCCACUAAUGAUCGGUUGUCUGUCUGCAAUAAUGAGUUUGGAUAACACAGCCCGGCAAUAACUGCUCAAGUUACACAGCAGAAAAUCAUUUGAACUAAGAGGAAAACACAUCGCACCUAAUGGUGAAUGACAGGAAACAGAGAGGCUG